GGCGAAUGUUAGACUGGAUGGCUCACUAAGUUACCUAGAUAAUGAGGCGCCUCUGUAAGUGUUCCUUCAGCAAGUUACAGUGCAGCCCAUCUCUCAACCGCAACAUUCCCCAAGGACCAUCCACGAACCAACAGGGAUGGCGAGCGACGAAUCCCCGAAGCGAAGGAGACUGGAGAACAACAAGGACGAGUCGGGAGACGAGUCGGACGGAUAUGUGCCCUACGUACCAGUCAAGAAACGGAAGGAGGCCGAGCUACACAAGCUGUUGGACAAGAAGCUCAGUCGGAAGGCCGACACUCGACACCAACACACUAGCACCACCUCCAACAACAACCACAGCAGCAGCACGAGGGAAACGAAUCGGAGGAUAAGAGGGGCAUCAAGAGGGCUCGAAGGGCAGGGCGACUCGCGGGAGAAUGAUUCAGAGGACGAGGAGGAACAACUCCCUAGCAGGUCGACGACCACCCUGCUCCAAGAAGCCCAAGUCGUCAAGCGCAAACAGGCCGAGCUGGAUGCCUUCAAGACCGAAGCACAGAAAAAACUGGAAGAGGAACACAAGGUGAUCGAGGCGAUCGCAGCACAGAAGAAGAAGCUGGGCGGCGCACAGGAGCUGGCCAAGGGAGUCCAAUACACCGAGCCCAUGAGGACCAGCUGGAGUCCUCCUGGGUACAUCCGAAAUCGGACGGCUCAAGAAAACUCAAAGCUCAGAGAACGGCUCGGGAUCUUGGUCGAGGGCGACAACUGUCCCCCACCCAUCGAACAUUUUCAGGACAUGCGACUUCCCUCUCCAGUGCUCAAAUAUCUCAAAGAGAAGAAAAUCAAACUGCCAACACCCAUCCAACUUCAAGGAUUGCCAGUCGCACUCUCCGGAAGAGACAUGAUCGGAAUCGCGUUUACCGGUUCUGGUAAAACCCUCGCUUUCUCUCUGCCGCUCUUACUAUUAGCCUUGGAGGCCGAAAUGAAACUACCAUUCAUACAGGGCGAGGGGCCUGUUGGGAUCAUCGUCUGUCCAUCUCGAGAACUGGCCCGACAGACUUACGAAGGCCUAGUCGCGAUGGCACUAGCCUGUGCCCAAUCGGGGAAGUACCCACAACUGGGAACGUUGCUGUGCAUUGGGGGAAUCUCGAUGGCAGACCAAUCGCACGUGAUGUCGAAAGGGUUCCACAUGGUUGUAGCCACGCCAGGUCGGCUGCAAGACAUGCUAGAGAAGCGCAAGUUCAACCUGGACAACUGCACCUAUCUGUGUCUGGACGAGGCCGACCGGAUGGUCGACAUGGGCUUCGAGGACGACGUCCGGAACAUCAUGAGCUUCUUCAAGCGCCAACGGCAAACCCUUCUCUUCUCCGCUACGAUGCCUAAAACUAUCAGAGACUUCGCCGAAAACAGUCUCGUUCAGCCAAUCGUCGUUAACGUCGGUAGAGCUGGGGCCGCUAAUCUGGACGUCAUACAGGAGGUCGAAUACGUUAAACAGGAGGCCAAGAUGGUCUACCUUCUCGAAUGUCUCCAAAAAACUCCUCCCCCCGUCAUCAUCUUUAGUGAUAAUAAAAACGAAGUCGAUGAUAUUCAGGAAUACUUGCUACUAAAAGGUGUUGAAGCAGUUGCCAUUCACGGGAGCAAAACUCAAGAAGAGCGAGAGUAUGCGAUCAAGUCGUUCAAGUCUGGGAAGAAGGACGUGAUGGUGGCCUCGGGGGUCGCCUCGAAGGGGCUAGAUUUUGCGGAGAUCCAGCACGUGAUCAACUUCACGAUGCCGGGGGAGAUCGAGAACUAUGUGCAUCAGAUCGGCCGGACUGGGCGGUCGGGCAAGACCGGAAUCGCCACCACGUUCAUCAACAUGAACUCUCCCGAACCCACCCUCCUCGACCUCAAGUAUCUCCUCCUAGAGGCCAAACAGAGGAUCCCUCAGUUCCUUCAAACUAUCGAAGACCCUAACGCUGGCGUCAAUGGUGGCGCCAACGGCUGUCAAUUCUGUGGCGGCUUGGGUCAUUCUGCUCUGAAUUGCCCGAAACGAGAAGACUCCCAAAGACGAGAACGGGCGGGCCAUCAUCGAGAAGACGGUGCAGGUGGAGGGUAUUAGAAAACCUCAACCUGCGCUGGAUGUACAUAAAACCCCAUUCUCUUUCCAUGUCAUCACAUCCAUACCUCCUGCCCUCUCGGCUUCCCAUCCUAAUCACUGCUCUUUGAGCCGCACCCUUAUUAUGGGCUUGGACAUGUAUUAUCAUCUCUCGUGCCUUGUAAUCAACUUACAUCUCUGGGUCACGCAAAGCGUCCACUCAAACAACUGGACAACCGGUGAUUUUGGGAGGUAUCAAACUGAAAGCAUCCCUGUCUCCUGCCAUCCAUGCUCGUAUCAAAUAUAUAUCAAUCGUCAAGAAUGGUUGAGAGAGAAAUAACCGCUCAAUUAAAGUUGGGCAGAAGGAAUGUUUUAUUCGCGGUUGAGCUGGGAAUAGCUUCAUGUCAAAAUCAGAAGGACUGCCUUUACGAUAUCAAGAAUUCAGCCCAUGGCAUUGCAGCUUGCUACCUUAGCGAUAACAUUGCCAUCCCAACUAAUUAUUCCCCAGAAGACAUAUAACAUAAAUGGAUGAGCUAAGGAGUUCGACUUGGCAAAUGUAAUCAGAGUGAAACAGAGGGCAAAACUCAAGAGAAAGAUUCCAAAUGGUUGAUCACUUCAGUUUGAGAUGGGUUUUAUAUCUGUGAACAAGAUCACUAUGUAAUGCAUGAUUAACAAAAAAAAUUGAAACACAAAAAAAUUCUUGGUUGCAGGAGUAGUCAAGAGGCCCUC